AUGUGCAGGAGCUGGCCACCAAAGUGCUCCCGCACCCCUUUGCAAGCACUGGACGAGAUCCACAUCUCGUGGCAGGGCGCGGAGAAGCCGGCACCGAGCGACCUGUCGAGUCUCUUGUCGGUGAGGCGGCGGGUGGUCGAGAGGGCCCUUGUCUGGCUGAAGCGGAACAACCCCCACUACGCCGAGAUCGAGAUCGACGCGGCGGAGAUGGAGAGCUGGGGAGACUCGAUACACGGGGUACCGUCGUCGGUGUGCGAUCGUAUGGAGCGGAACGAGCCGUCUGGGUGGGAGAGCGCGGACGGCGCACGUUGUGCCGCCCACGGAACGCGCCAUGGACGAGGAGGGCCGGUGGAGAUCGAGGAGCUCUUCGCCCUGCUCAACCAAGGACAAGAAGCCGGCGGCCAGGGUGAAGGUCACGGGCCCAACGGAGAAGGCGCGGUUCGCGAUGGAAGUGACGCCUGCCCCGACCAGAACGUUCCAGCGAUCAACGAGGUGACGUCUUCUGGCAUGUUCGCGCUCGACGGACCGCCAGACGUCGCGGACGUGGAGAAGCUGCAGUUUGCCUGUGACGCUGUUGGUGAAGGUGCCGACGACGGCCGUGCGCCCGAGAGCGCGUGGGCCGAGAUCGUGCUCCGGCGCCAUGGUGGUCGAUUUGCACUGCACCACAUCUUCGCAUUUCUCGUCUUCAACAUGGGGGUGCGAUCGAGGAACCGCCGGGUCAGCAUGUUGAGUGUGGGGAGGAAGAACUUCCGCAAGGUAGAGCGCAUCUCGCUCAUCGUCGGAUAUGGCGUGCCGGCCAUCUGGUUCACCAUCAACCCGAACGACAUUACGAACCCGGUGAAGCUGCGACUGGCGGCAUACCGCACACGCGAUCCCGACGCGGCCGAGGAGUUCUUAGAAGGCCUUGGGAGUGCGUACAAGCGGACAAGGCUGGCGAUAUCGGAUCCCAUGAGCUCGGCCGUGUUCUUCCACCGCGAGAUGAAGCUGUUCUUCGAUCAUUACGUGAAGGUCGGUGAAGAGUCGGUAUUCGGGCGCAUCGGCAAGUACUAUGGCGCCGUGGAGACGAACGAACGAGGGGCGCUUCAUGUUCACGGCUUGCUCUGGCUGCACGGGAACGCGCAUCUCAGCUCGAUGCUUGCCGACAUCCACGGGGAGGAUCAGGCGGCGUAUCGCGAGCGAAUCGUCCGAUACAUCGAUAGCGUCUUCUCAGAGGAUCUGGACCAGGAAAGUUUUGCGCCGUGCAAGCGGAGCGAUCUGUGA